AAACAAGACGUCGUGCUGCUACGUCAUCACGCAGCAGCCAUCCAUGAAACACACGAGGAUGUUGUGCUCUACCUUAAAAUAGUCUUUUAGUGGUUAAAGUCGUAAAGAGAACCAGGAAUAAAGAUAAAGAUAAAGAGAAGAUCAAAGAUGGCGGACUUCCGGUCUCUGGGCCUGGCGGACUGGUUGGUGACGCAGUGUGAGCAGCUGGGGAUCAAUAAACCGACCCCCGUCCAGGAGAACUGCAUGCCGCCGAUACUAGAAGGUCGGGACUGUAUGGGCUGUGCGAAGACCGGCAGCGGGAAAACUGCAGCUUUUGUGCUUCCUGUGGUGCAGAAACUGUCCGAGGAUCCUUACGGGAUCUUCUGCUUGGUGCUCACUCCCACCAGGGAGCUGGCCUAUCAGAUCGCAGAGCAGUUUCGCGUCCUGGGGAAGCCGCUGGGUCUGAAGGAUUGCAUCAUCGUUGGAGGAAUGGACAUGGUGGCCCAGGCCCUGGAGCUGACCAGCCAGCCUCACGUCGUCGUGGCGACGCCGGGCCGGCUGGCGGAUCACAUCCGCAGCUCCAACACCUUCAGCAUGAGACGGAUCCAGUUCCUGAUUCUGGACGAGGCGGACCGGCUGCUGGAGCAGGGCUGCACCGACUUCACCAGAGACCUGGAGACCAUCCUGGCGGUUUUACCGGCCAAACGGCAGACGCUGCUGUUCAGCGCCACGCUGACCGACACGCUGACCGAGCUGAAGAACAUCGCCAUGAACAAACCGUUCUUCUGGGAGAGCUCGUCAGAGACCCGGACCGUGGAGGAGCUGGACCAGAGGUACAUUCUGACUCCAGAGAAGGUGAAGGACGCGUACCUGGUCCACCUGAUCCAGAAGUUCAGUGACGAGCACGACGACUGGUCCAUCAUCAUCUUCACCAACACCUGCAAGAACUGCCAGAUCCUCACCAUGAUGCUGCGGGAAUUUAACUUUCCAACCAUCUCCCUCCACUCCAUGAUGAAACAGAAACAACGGUUUGCUAACCUGGCCAAGUUCAAGGCGAGCGUCUUCAAGAUCCUGAUAGCGACAGACGUGGCGUCCAGAGGUUUAGAUAUUCCGACUGUGCAGGUGGUCAUCAACCACAACACGCCCGGCCUCCCCAAGAUCUACAUCCACAGAGUGGGACGGACAGCCAGAGCAGGGAGGAACGGAGUGUCCAUCACCCUGGUGACGCAGUACGACAUCCACCUGGUCCACGCCAUCGAGGGACAGAUCCAGACGAAGCUGGAGGAGUUCCCUGUGGAGGAGAAGGAGGUGCUGAAGAUCCUGACUCAGGUCAACGUGACCAGGCGUCAGUGUGAAAUAAAACUUGAGUCAACAGAUUUUGAUGAGAAAAAGGAGAUCAACAAGAGGAAACAGCUGAUCCUGGAGGGGAAGGAUCCAGACCUGGAGGCCCAGAGGAAGGCGGAGCUGCAGAAGAUCCGGAGCCAGAAGAAACAGUUCAAGCAGAAGAUCCAGGAGUGCAUCCAGAAGCAGAAACGAGGACAGCUGAAGAAGAAACUGAUGAAGAGAAAACAAAUGAAAAAGAAAAAGGCGCCACAGGCAACAGCCUGAACACUAUGUAUAUACUCAAAGUUUUAUUACUGUACAAUAUCUAAUAUUUUCAGAUUUGUGAUCAUAUAGGAAUAAAAAUUGAACUUUGAAUUUCAUAUCAGCAGAACAACUUCUCAAAUCAACAGCCUUUAUUGAUUCAGUUUAACAAGGAACCACCAUGUUGUGAUGAAACUUCACUGCAAGACGUUUCAAAUAUGUAUUUACACACAUCGAUCUCUGCCUGUCCACACACACAAUCAAAGGUUUGGAUGCAAAUGUUCAACCACUAAUGUACAACUGAAUCACUGCACAUGUUGCAAUUCAUCGUGGCUCAGAAGAUGGAAAAGGAAAACACCAAAGCAAUAAAACUACGUGAAGCAGCAGUUCUUAAAGCUAGAACACGUUACAUUUCAUUGGAACGAGUCGAUAUGUGAAACUAAUGAAACGUUCGCACAAUGUCAACAAAACAACUAUUUCUAAGUCAAUAAACAUGGCGACGUCUACAA